AAGCCUGACAAGUGUGUAUUUGUCAGGACUUUCCUUUAACGGUUUCCCUACCGCGUACUGAAAGUAGUAUGAGUGAUGGUAAAUAGAGUGUGGAGAGGGGAGGUAUGAGUGUACGAUUGAAUGAACGAGAGAAGAGCGUUUAGUAAGCGAGAUAAAGGCUUGAAAUGUUGUUUCUCUUGUAAUUUCAGAGCAACACGUUUGGUUUUUAUUCAACUGCAUUUACUCCAUUAUAAAACAACAUUUUUGCCAAUAAGAAGUAGAGAGACGAAGGAAGGAUGGAGAAAUUGAGAUUUGAUUUUAAAGCAAAGAGUACAGCAGACCAGAAGUCAACAAUAAUAUGGCUAGUCUCGAUUGGCACGGAGAAGGGAGAGACGUUUGUAUUGCCAACAGAAUAUCAAUCGGCCCAACUACACAGCGUGUUAUGUGAAACAGCAGCAUACGGAAGAGUAAAAAAUUCACUGAAGAAAAGAGGCCAAUACAGGAAAGUUUGGAUAACAUUGGAGGAAAAUUUGAAAGAGGUAUACUUGGAUAAAGAAGAGAAUGUAAUUUUCGAUGAUAUCCUUUUGGAGGAGUGGAUAGAAGAUAAAGAAAGUGUGAGUGAAGCAGAUGAUUCUCUAAAAAAAUUAUUGGAAAAGGUGAUGGAAGAAAAAUCAAGUAACUCUGAAGUUCGGAAUCUGAGCAAAAUAGCUCAGGAUUUUAUGAUUGAGAAAUUUGAUGGGAGGAAUUUGAACGCAAAUCAAUGGAUGGAGGAGUUUGAAGAAGAAUGUGAAAGGUGUGUGGUGGUGGAAGAUAGGAGAAAAAUUGAAAUAUUGAAGUUUUUUCUUGAGAGAGCCAGCGCGGAUUGGUAUAGCUGCAUGCUUAUAAAAUUUACGGUGCAGUCGGUUUGGACAGAAUGGAAGAAGAAGUUUUGUGAGACCUUUGGAAAUAAAGGAUGGGCUCCGAUAAGAUAUGCCUUUACCUUCAGAUACCAAACAGGAUCAUUGUUAGAUUAUGCGUUAAAAAAAGAAAAAUUAUUACUUCAGGUGAGAAAGGAAAUUGAUGAAGAAACACUAAUUGAUCUUAUUGCAAUAGGUUUGCCAAAUUACAUAGCGGAUAAAAUAAACCGAGAAAAUAUAAGAAAGACGCAUGAUCUAUAUAAUGAAAUAGGGCGAUUAGAAAAUUUAGCUGGAAAAAAUAUGAGUGAGAAGAAAGGAAGAAAUUACGUAACCAGCAAAUUUACAAAGAUCGAAGAGAAGAAACCAUGUUAAAUUUGUGAGAAAGCAAACAGAGGUAAAAGAUUUCAUCCGGAGACAGAAUGUUGGUUUAAAGAAAAAACCGAGAGAUUCAGAAGAAACAAACAAGCAAGAACGGUAAAUAGCGCUCAAUUGGAGGUAGAAUUAAGUGAAGAAGACCAAAAAAACUAGUACCGCCACCAUUAAUAAAAAUUAAAGUUUUGCUAAAUGAUAAGCUGCAAGUGUCAGGAGUGUAUGAUCCUGGUGCCAACGUAUCCUUGAUAAACAGGAGGUUAAUAAAAAUAAUAAAAAAGAAAAAGGUACAAGAGGUAAAACUAAAAACUAUUAAUGGUGUAAAAAGGACGAGAGGUAUGGUAAAGUUAAAGGUCAAAAUUUUUAAUUUAGAAAAAGUUAUUAAUGUUUUUGUGGUGGAUGAUAAAGAUUUCCUCUAUGAAUUUUUAAUCGGUCUGGAUUGUAUUUAUAAGUUUAAAUUAAGACAAGAUGAAAAUGGAAGAAUAAGUCAAAAUGAGAAUGAAGAAAAUCAGG